UUGCAUACAAGGCAGCUAGUAAGCUGCCCGCGUCUUUUACUUUUGGUUCUUAAAUAGUUAAUAACUUAUUAUUCCUUAAAAAGUAUUUGCUGCAAUGCAGUCAACGGGCAGUCCAAUAUACAACACAAGUGUCGAGCAAAAGCGACAUGCCCAAAAUGUGGCCAAACAACAACGGUUGGGCAUGCCAAAAUUGCGAGAGCUCUUGCGUGAGAAAUGUCGCAUACGCAUUAUAAAUUCGCGUAAUAACAACAUCGAUGGCAAUCGUAAAAUCCAAUUGGCUGAUUUGGAUAGUAUUUUGCGUUUGGAGCUCAAUGAAUUGGAUGAGGAUUUGAAAUUGGAGGAGCAUAUGUAUGAGGAGCUCCUGUCUGAUGUUAACGAAUGGUAUGCUCUGCAAGAGCAACACGUAGAAGACCUGUUCAAUGAGCCAGAAUCUGAUUCAAUAAUCUGUCCAGUCUGCUUGAAAAAGCCGCUGCAUCGCUUGAAUUGUUUAUACAAAUGCGAGUGCGGAGUGCAGUUUGAACAUGCCGCUGAUAAGCCACAGUUGCAGCAACUGAUCCAACAGAGAAUCAACGAGCACGAGCUGAGCUGCACCCAAGCAUUGGUCUUCUUUAUAGAAGCACUGCCUCCAUCCUGUCGCCUGUUUGCCAUUUGUGGUUGCUGUGAUUACUGCUGCUCAGUUUGACAGCAACAACUUUCGAUUGUUGAACAAUUUUAAAUAUUAAGACUGGCUGCGACCAGCUUAUUAUGUUAAACAUUCUAAUUAUGCAAGUCUGUAAGAAGCAUUUGUCACCUUAAUUACCAGCUUUUUAAGUUAAGUUUAAGUUAAAUGGCUCGCCAAAAAAAUCUAGCUGAUUCCCAUCAGAAUAUCUACAGCGCAGUGCAGUUCAAUAUGUUAACUAUUUUUCAUUUUAAACAUCUAAAAGUAAUUUAA